AUGUACGGCGGACCCGGUGCUCAACCUACCAAGGAACAAAGAAGAUUGCAGGAGCAGCAAGCUAUGGACACUUUAAAGGUUGCUGGCUUCAUGGCCGGUGCCUUGUGGUUGACCCCAAUCGUGUACCAUUACAUCAAGAGACAGUUCUAA